GGAAAGCAGGGUAAAUGGGUGAAGUGGGAUAAAUGGAGAAAGCGGGGUAAAUGGGAGAAACAGGUUAAAUGGGGGAAACGGAAGCGAGGUGAAGAGGGAAGCAAGAUAACAGAUGACGAAGAAGAAGAUAAUAAUGAUAAUAAUCAUGUUUAUAAUGAUAAUAGUAAUGGUGAUGGUAAUUAUGGUAAUAACAAGGAUAACGAUACAAUCAAUUAA